GAAAGGGGAUUUCCAGGAAGCAAUUGAAUGCACCACGCCAGUCUGAACGCUUCAGCGACGGUGAGCGAAGAUGCAGACCAUAAAGUGUGUGGUAGUGGGUGACGGUGCUGUGGGGAAAACCUGCCUGCUCAUCUCCUACACAACCAACAAAUUUCCCUCUGAAUACGUCCCAACUGUCUUUGACAACUAUGCCGUGACGGUGAUGAUCGGAGGAGAGCCGUACACUCUUGGACUGUUUGACACAGCAGGUCAGGAGGACUAUGACAGGCUGCGACCCCUCAGUUACCCUCAGACCGACGUCUUCCUCGUCUGUUUCUCCGUCGUUUCACCUUCCUCCUUUGAGAACGUCAGAGAAAAGUGGGUGCCUGAGAUUUCACACCACUGCCCACGGACCCCCUUCCUGCUGGUUGGGACUCAGCUGGAUUUAAGAGACGACAGCAACACCUUGGAGAAGCUGGCCAAGAACAAACAACGACCCUUGAGCUCUGAAAGCGGAGAGAAACUGGCACGAGAGCUCAGAGCCGUCAAAUAUGUGGAGUGUUCCGCUCUGACGCAGAGAGGACUGAAGAACGUGUUCGAUGAGGCCAUCCUGGCAGCUCUGGAGCCCCCAGAUAUCAAACCCAAGAAGCGCUGCCUUCUCCUAUAAAAGCCUUCCAGAGGAGGACGAGGAGCAGAAGAAGGUGUGGACGGAUGAGGAAGAGAUCAAUCCUCUAUGGGAACAGAGGGAGGGAGCACCAAGGGGAGGGAUGUAGGGGCAUGUUUAAACAGUGCCUUCAGCCGUAGUGACCUAACAUGGGUGUGGUGUUGGAACUGACUGGCGCUUUAUUUUCCCCAGUAAAUAGAAGUCCCUCUAAUACGGUUAACAUACAUCAACUACACUCCACAUUAACAAGUAAACAGGGUUUGGUUUUUUUUCGAUAACGGAGCGAAUGAAGAGGUUUGAACCUGCGAAACUCGGAUGGAGGCGAGUUUACAACUGAAACUGAUGGUCGCCAGGAAACCGAGGGAGAUCCACAUCGCUGGGGUUGAAACCGCCUCCCAACCUUUUAUGUGCCAGCUUUCACUUCUCUGUUCAACAAGUUUAAUGUUUAUUUUCUUUUUGAUCUGUUUUUUUUCUUCAUAAAUUUAUUUCUAGACAAGAAAAUGCAUUUUGAAUCUAUUUACUGCUGUUUUCUGUUUUCUAAAUAGCAUAACUGAAAGGUAAAUAGCAACACAGUAGGUGUUUUAUUUAUACCACAAAGAGAUUUAAGGUUAGUUUUUGAAUAAAAACAGAAAUAACGUUCUUUAUAAGUAAGGCUUUUUUAAUUAAGUUUAUAUCUUUUCAAACAGAAUAUCUGUUUAAAAAUGUCCAUAUCCAAACGUUUGCUACGAAAUGAUGGAUUCACCAUGAUGGUUUUUGCUAAUCAAAAUAAUUGACCUGCAGCUUCAGACACUGACUAAUUGAUCCUUUCCCUUGAUCCUAAAAAUAUAUUUGCUGAAAACAAAACUACAGCUCAGCUGACUUCCCAUUCGAACCCGUCUGUUCAUGUAGGUCUGUAACUAAACUCUUUAACAGUGAAAACUUUGCCCUCAUUGAGAAUGGGGUCAUAUGAACUAAUGGAAAAACAUGACGAGCAGGAACGACAGGUUUGUCUGCAUGGCAGCAAACAAGAUUUAGCGUUUGACCAAAGGUGGAGAAAGGAACUGACAUUUGAUCCUCCAGACCUGCAGUCGCCAAAGCAUUUGACCCCCUGAACCAAAUGGCUCCCAUCAACCCGAUCGUUACCUUUGUCACUUUUUGUCCUGUAUUAUAUUUAAAAUUGCUUUCCCAAAUGGCAAAUAAGACAUUAAAGUGGGGAAAAUAAAGGACGGCAUUUUAGCUGCAUCUCAGGUUUCUGCCACAUAAAAAUCCAAACCUGACGUGCCUUAAUUUUCCUGCAUCCCUCCGACUGUUUGAGCCUCACAGCUCUAAAAAUCCCAUAAACAACAAUUAUUAUUCAACACGCUUCAAAGUCUUAGUGCCUAAAUCCAGUCUGAUCCCUUAGUUAAGGGUUUCUGGAGUUGCUUUCAUUAAAUAGUGGAAACUACCCUAUAUGUCUGAAUAAUGACAGUUUUUCAUAACCUUAAGCUGUUUAAUCAGUCAGAAUGUUGAGAAAUGUUGUAUUUUGUUUAAACAAGAGGAGGAGAACAAGAGGCCUGCUCGGUAACACAUGUUCUGUUCCUUUUUUUUUUGCUUUUACUGCCUUUUUCACCUGAAAGCCUUAAAGGGCCACAUGGUUCACAUGUUCCCUCUGUCGCCAAAGUUUAGCUGAAUUGUUUCUAAAGAAUGUGGACGCCGACGAUAAUGGAAAUACUAUUCGAAAUACCUUUGAGAUUCUUCCCAGGCUUUGUUUGGUUGCUCUUUUUGGCCCAACCUCUGAACUAGACAAAGACUGAAAGCUAUCGUUAGCAGUUUCAGCUUCUUGCUCAGCCUUUGUGCUUAUUUAACAAACUAUAGAUUAUUUUUGCAUAGAAUGUGUAAAAUGGUGAACUAUAUUACUCUGUGUUGUUUCAGUGUUCUCUGUCCUGAGCCUAGAAAACUACGUUAACCCUUAAAAUGAUUGUUUUUCUCUCAAAUGAACAGAAAAUCUUUUUAAAAACAAUCUGUUGACAUUUUUUGAUCAGAUGUUAAAUGAAUUAUGAGUAUUAUUGAUAUUUUUUGCUUCUUAAUUGUUUCUUUGGGGACGAUAUUCUUGGAGGGUUUUAGACACUUUAGGGUUUAAUUUUUAUUUUCUUCCCUCUUCGUACUUUUUAGAUAUUUUUACAGCUACUUGAUGAACACACAGUGCCAACAGUUAACCACCCGGUUGGUCUGCUAAGCAGGAGCUUGCCCUGUGCAGAGAUAUUUCAAAGCAAUACUUAAAGAUCAAUAAACAUUUGUUAUGCAUUAGAAUUUGAAUGUUCGGUGUGGUGGGUUUAUGGAAAUAAUAAAAAUAGUACUUGAAUGUUUUACCACCUUGA